CGCCCACCAUACUUCUCGCCAUGGCUGCGAACCCGUCGAAACGGCCCGGCCAGCCGAAGCUGCGCACCAGCUGCGAUCAAUGCGGCGCGGCCAAGGUGAAGUGCGACCGCGGCCAGCCCGAGUGCGGCCGCUGCGUCUCCCACGGCAGGACAUGCGUGUAUGGGGUUUCACGGAAGAUGGGGAAGCCGCCGCGAGUCAAGCUCCGGUCCAGCGUAAAGCGGAUGCCGGACGACCAGCCCGGAGCCGGAGCCGGCGCUGCGGACGGCCGGAGGCUCGACGGGAGCGGUGGGAACGAUGUCUGGGAUGCGGUGGAUGAGAAUUCCAACUGUAUAGGCUUGGACGCGCUGGACGGCUUGUUCAGCGAUAUGGACGGCCAGUUUCUGCCCAACUCGCCUUCGCUCAAUUUCGGGGAAUGGGCUUUUACCGAUCAUUUUGGCAAUCACCAUCUAUCUCCCAUUCAACCAGGACUAUUGCCCACGCCAGAUUCGACCGACUGGGGGAGUUGCCCUUCAACAGAGGCUUCUACCACGCAGCCCACGGCACACCACUCUCCAUCUGAUACGUAUUCCCGCUCAGGACGAACCCCGAUGCCGCCUCUGAGCAUGAGCGGCCACGACUGUCCUCGGGAAGCUUACGAUAUCCUCCGAAACCUCUCCUUUCCCAAUCCCAGCAAGAUCCCCUCGGCCGCGUCAUCAAGCACCGCGGGCAAUCAAGUACCCUUGGACCAGGUACUACGGCUUAAUUCCGAGGCCAGCGAGCGACUUGGUCCCCUCCUGGCCUGCUCAUGUGCUCGAUCGCCACACCUAGCGUUUGUCUACGCGGCAAUCAUCUCCCGCGUGCUGCUCUGGUACCAGCAGGCGGCUGGCUCUACGCAGAGCGCUUCGUGGAGCCAGACCAGGCCAGACUGCUCCCUCGGCAUGGGCGGCACAAAGGAGACGGCGACAGCGGCGUACACGACAGGGCUUGCUGUUGCGCCUUCGAAAAUGGCCAUUGGGACAUUCAACGUCGACGACCUUCGCAUCCAGACGGCCUUGAAGAUCCAGUUGCUGUCGGGCGAGAUGGGACGAGCUGGCCGGCUGAUUGACCAGUUUACGUCACUAACCUCGAGUGGCCAGUGUCAGACGGAUGAAUCCAAUUUUGGCAGCAUUGAUAGACUGUAUCAAAGUUUACAUUCGUGGCUGAGGGGCGAGCAUUCGCGGAUAGCCAAUAUGAUGAGGCUAAAGUUGAGGGAGCUCAACACAUGAAUAGAGCAUAGACCUAGGAUGCCUUUCCUCUCGUAUGCGCUACUGGUUGCACCUUGACCUCCGCCUCGUAUUCAUUUUCCGCUGUAUGCUUCAGUGCUUAACGUCAACUGACGUGUCUCGCGGUUCGUAACCUCACCUGCCACAAACUGUCGCUAUUUUGGCGCUUCGAAUUGAUCUCAUCGCGUAUUGGAAUUAAUUUGAUGGCGACGAUCAACAUUCUUAUACCUACCUCGGAAGGCAUCGUGAGCCG